AUGCUGAUGCGGCCAUUAACAUUGAAUUCUUCAUCUCACUUUCACUCUCUCUCCGACUACCACCAACUCCUCCACCGACCCAUUUCCGAACUAAACUCCCUCAUCAACUCCUACAUCCGCCGAGGUCAACCCAUCUCCGCAUGGAACCUCUUCCGUUCUGUCCGUCGUUUACGUUCAGACAUCGAUGCUCACACAUUCACCCCUCUCUUACGUCCAUCUCCUCCAUUACUCGGUAAACAAUUCCACGCACAAAUGAUCAGAACUGGUACAGAUUCCGGAACUGUUCCAAAAACCGCACUCCUUGAUAUGUAUUCACGGCACGGCUCAUUGGAUGAUUCCCUUAAGGUGUUUGAUGAAAUGCUUCACAGAGAUGUAGUUGCUUGGAAUGCUUUGUUGUCGUGUUUUCUGCGGUGCAGCCAACCUCGUGAGGCGAUUGGUGUUCUAAGGGAAAUGGGGAGAGAGAAUGUUGAGCUUAGUGAGUUUACUUUGUGUUCUGUUUUGAAGUGUUGUGCUUCUUUGAAGGCUUUGGAACUUGGUAGACAGGUUCAUGGUUUGGUGGUUUCGUUGGGGCGUGAUUUGGUUGUUUUGAGCACUGCUCUUAUUGAUUUUUAUUCUAGUGUUGGGUGUGUUGAUCAUGCUUUGAAUGUGUUUUAUAGUUUGAAUGGUAGGAAAGAUGAUGUGAUGCAUAAUUCGUUGGUUUCUGGGUGUAUUAGAAAUGGGAGAUAUGGUGAGGCGUUUAAAGUUAUGAGCUUGGUGAAGCCUAAUGCUGUUGCGUUUACUAGUGUUUUGGUUAGUUGCUCUGAGAAAUUGGAUUUUGUUACGGGGAAACAGGUGCAUUGUGUUGCAGUUCGUCGGGGGUUUACUUUUGAUACCCAAUUAUGUAAUGUACUGUUGGAUAUGUAUGCGAAAUGUGGGAAGAUUUCACUUGCCCGGUCAGUGUUUGAUGGAAUCCGUCAAAAGGAUGUGAUUUCAUGGACUUGUAUGAUUGAUGCGUAUGGAAGAAAUGGGUGUGGGAAUGAAGCUAUCGAGCUCUUUCAGAAUAUGAGGGAGGAAGGGAAUGAGGUGAUGCCGAAUUCUGUGACUUUUUUAUCUGUUUUGUCAGCUUGUGAUCAUUCCGGGUUGGUGGAGGAAGGAAAAAAAUGUUUCAAUAUGAUGAGGGAGAAAUAUGGCAUUGACCCAGAACCGGAACACUAUGCAUGCUUCAUAGAUGUCUUAGGCCGAGCCGGUAAUAUAGAAGAAGUAUGGUCUGCUUAUCAAAAUAUGAUUGAGCGCGGUACUAGACCUACUGCAGGAGUAUGGAUAGCAUUGCUGAAUGCUUGCAGUCUUAGUCAAGAUAAUGAAAGAGGUGAAUUUGCUGCAAAGCAACUCUUGCUGCUUGAACCCAACAAAGCUAGCAAUGUUGUGCUUGUAUCAAACUUUUAUGCAGCCAUUUGUAGGUGGGAUUGUGUUGAUGAGUUGAGAAGCAUAAUGAGGACAAAAGGGUUGGUCAAGGAAGCUGGGAAUAGCUGGAUCGGCACGGGCUUCAGUGGACAUGCCAGGAAAGGAAGCAAGUCAACUGGAAUAUGUGCAAAAAUUGAGCUUAAGGAUCAAAGCCAGACUUUUCUGGGUUAG